CAGGGAUAAGGGGGUGAAAAUAUAGGAAAGAGAAUGAGUUAUAAAUUAAUGUUCUCCUCUUUUUUCUUUCUCGCAGUGUUGCUGACAACCUCGAAGACAGAUAUCAUGGGAGUCAGAGGAUUAAAGUCUUACAUAGAGGGAAAUAGUCUGUUUUUAAAAGACUGGAAUUUUAAAGGUAGCAGGAUAGUUAUAGAUGGUUGUAAUCUGUGUAAUAUUCUUUACGGAUCAAAAUAUGAUCUGAAGCAUGGUGGGGAUUAUUAUGCUUUUGAGAUUUUGAUCAAGGACUUUUUUAAGGCUUUGAAGAACUGCAACAUUAAGCCCUAUGUUAUCCUUGAUGGAGGAAGUGACCACACUGACAAAAAACUGGAAACCCUCAAGCAACGUGCCCGAGACCGUAUUAAAAUUGGCAAAGAUUUAUCUUUAGGGCGGAGAUGUUACAAUGGUGGUAUAAAGCCAGUACUCUUGGAAAGUGUUUUCAAACAGAUCCUCAUUCUUCUGAAGAUACCAUUUGUUCAGUGCAUGGAAGAGGCUGACUGGGAAAUCGCUGCUUUGGCAAAUCAGUGGAAUUGUCCAGUUCUGUCUGAUGAUAGUGACUUUUUUAUCUUUGACCUGAAAGCAGGAGUUUUACCCAUUACACAUUUCCAGUGGCACAAAGGUCUCACCCAGAAAUCCAUCCCAGCCAAAAUAUUUUUAGUCUCAAAUUUCUGUAAGGGUUUCAACAACAUGAACAAGCAGCUUCUCCCUCUCUUUGCUGCCUUAGCAGGGAAUGACUAUGUAAACAUACACACUAUGAUUGGAUUUUUCAGCUGGGAGCAAUUCUCCAGCUGCAGUGCUGCUUUCUCCAGAUCCCAUGCUCUUCUCGAUGGUAUCCUCCAUUGGUUGUCUGACUUCCCGAAUACAAAGAAAGCUAUUGGUGCUGUGCUUGGUUUGCUCAGAGAUCAGAACGACAGAGGUCCAGUCCAGAAGGCUCUCACAGCGUGCCAGAAUGAAUAUCAACUGACAAAAGGCAACCUUGUCCAGUUCUUCUUGAAUGGUGUCGCCCCCGGCAGGCUGCCAAUGGAACUGCAGGUUCUCCCUGGCUGGAUCCGCAUGCCAUUGUCUGAGGGAAAAAUGAGCUCGGUCGUCAUUGAUGCCCUGGUUUUGCAGAGAGUACGAUUAAGCUCUCAAGUUGAGAAUUUUGACCUCCCCAGCAGCAAUGCGAUCUCAAGGCCUAUUCGCCAGGUGCUUUAUGGCCUGCUGUUGUCUGGACAGAAGCAGAGGGAUGAUAGGAAGCCCAGCGUGGCCUGUGUUGACCUAGCAGAGUGCUAUGUGGAAGAAUAUGACAGGGAGGGCUUGAGUCUGAGCUCUUUCUGGGUAAAGGCUGCCUGUCCUGCUAAUGGGAAGAAUCUGCAUCUGGACACACUGAACGAGGAACCACUAGAACCACGACUGCAAGUUCUCUGUGACACACUCGGUGUGCCCAGUACCAUUUCAACAUCCAUUGCAGCCAAAUUCCAGCUACCUGUCCACGUCACAUGCUAUUGGCUGAGUAAAGCCGACCCACAGCCACAUAUAGAGCACCUGUGGUCUCUGCUGCUGGGAUUUGUGUUUGGGGAGCUGAGUGGCCGAUACAAGGGCCAGGAAGGUAUAGCGCUGGUGUGGAAUAGAUUGAACCGCCUGCGGCUUUCCCCUACGACUAGAGGCCCUGACCUGGAGGCAGCUCACAUCUACAGC